AUGUUGCUGCGUGCUACGAUUUACUUCUCUUCUGCCUCCCUGCUCUUCAGGAUAUCAAAAUUAGCUCUUCAGUCACCUAUUGCAUUGUCUUUUUCGCUGGCCUUGAGCAUUUUCAUCUCUCUAAGCAUCCUAUUGUUCAAAUUAAUCUGGUCUGCAUAUGUAUUCCGCUCCUUUCGCCUUCACAGCAGCUGCAUCAGGAGGGAAUAUAUUGGGAAACCAUUUCUAUUUCCUGCAAAGCUCUCCCAUGCUCGUCGGUUUCCCGUGGCCGAGCGCUAUAACUACUGGUACGAUUACUUCAUGAUAGGUAUCCCAGUGGGGCUCCGUGGUCGUGUCGGCAACCUCUUAUCCAUUGAUAAUACACCUUCGAAGGAAAGAUGGUGGCAGAGGUGCUGGUUCACGAUUGAUGCAGGAUACUAUCUUGACCCCGGUAGUGGGGAACGCAGCCUGGAAGAGAAAUUGCAUUGCUUUCUUCGAUCAGAGAACCUAAACCCAAACGAUUACCCAUAUGCCUAUCUCCUCAGUGUCCCCAGAUUCUUAUGGUGGCAGAAGAGCGCCAUCAACUACUGGUAUCUCUACUCUCCAUCGCGGGAACUAAAGGCAAUGAUCAUGGAAAUCAACAACUCUUUCUACGAGAAACGCAACUUCUUCUUUCCACUCUCCCCGGCUGGCUCGCAAAAAGAUGACCUCCGUGGAGUUUCGCAAGGAGUCACUGCUACAUUCCUAAAUGGGCCCAGCGAACCGCAAGACCUUGUAUUCCGAACAUCUGCCUCAAGGUGCACAAGUUAUAAAGGCGAAUGGGAGAAGAGCAUUUUCGGAUCCCCGUUCGAAAAGGUUGGAGGGUCAAUGCCAGCGAAAUUCUCGGAUAUGUUAAGUGAAGUUCCUCCACGACUGCAAUCUACCCUCAGCUCAGUCAGCCCGGAGGGCCAGAUAAAAGUGACCAGUCGGUUAUCAUCUUGGGGUGAUGCAGUCGAUCCCCUGGAUUCGUCGUCAUGGAAUAUUCUGAAAUUCAUUUUGAGAUGGACGCAUGUAGGCGCCCUCUCAGCACCGCGCAUUGUCAAAGAAGCUCUGAAGGUCCGGUUCAGAGGAGGAUUGAAGUAUUUGCAGCGGCCUGAAGUCAGAAAGGGAAGUAUAGCACGGAAAGAAACUCCAAUCGAAAGAUCCUUAGAACUAAUCUUCCGCGAAUACCUCUCCCAGCUCAUCAAACACUGCGACACCCCCCUCACAUUGAGAUAUACUCCUCCCAAAACCAUCAGCUUUGAGCCGAUCACCUUCCAUUCUCCUAUUCCACCAACCUCUCAUCCUCGACCAAUUCUCGAGAUCUGUCCUAUCACACCUCGAUUCUUCACAAGUAUCACACAAUAUCAGACCGCCAAACAGGGAUUCCUGACAGAAUGUAUGCCAUGCACCACAGAAGCCGACGAUACAUCCUCGCGUCUCUACGUCUCGGAUUGGUUCUUAUUGAGUGAUUUACUUGAUCGUGCCACACCUACCCUGGAUGAUACUCUGGACUGCAAGACCAGCACACCUGGAUUCCGAUCCCGAUGGAAAUGCGCUGCUGCCAAUCACCUCAUCCCCUGGGUGCGUCGGUUGUCAGCAUCCGAGACAACGUUCAUGGCUCGGUUUGCAUCGUUGAACUGUCCAGCGGAUACAUAUUGGAUGUAUCGAAAAUGUGUAUCUCAUCAUCUGUUGUCCCUGAUGCUGCCGAUUGAGUCUCAGGCGGUGGUACAGUUAUGCUUUAUCACGAUGAGGAUGUUGCUACUUCAUGCGGUGUUGGAUAUUGCUGUGCGAAUGACUGGAAUUGGUUUUUGGAUGAAACAUCUGGGUAUAGGCUCGGUGUCUGGUUCUGUUGUUUAUGCUGGAUGGGAUCUGUUGGAAACCUACGUCGGGAAGUACUACCUGAAUCCGUUUGGAUGGGGGGAAGGAUUGUGA